AUGCCGAACUACGGCGACCAGCACCUGUCGAACGGGUCUCGAUACGGCACCAAUGGCGGAGGUGGAUAUCUGCCCAAUAAUAAUCGGUCGUGGAGUAAUGGAAAUGCCAGUGGAAGUGGAACGGGGAGUUCAGGAAAUGGUGGAGCAGCAGUCAAUGGAACGAAUUUCACGAUCAAGGAAUCGAAUCAUAUCCGUCAGCAGCUCGGGAAACAGCUUGGUCCGGAGUAUAUUUCUCAUAGACCCGGUGGAGGAGGUCUGAAAGUGCCUUAUUUAGAGGGCUGGAAAGUCAUUAACCUUGCUAAUGAAGUAUUUGGUUUUAAUGGAUGGAGUUCUGAGAUCAUAAAUCACGAGAUCGAUUACUGUGAUGAGAUCCGGGACGGCAGAUUCAAUCUUGGCAUGUCCGCCAAAAUACGGGUCACUCUUCGAGACGGAACUUAUCGAGAAGAUGUUGGAUAUGGCCAGGUAGAAAAUGCUCGUAGUAAAGGCAUGGCUUUUGACAAAUGUAAAAAAGAAGCGACUACUGACGGCUUAAAACGAGCGUUAAGACUGUUUGGGAACGCACUUGGAAAUUGUUUGUACGACAGUAGCUACACGAGAAAUAUUUCCCGAGUCAAAGUAUCCAUGCCUCCUUUUGACGAGAGUCAGUUGAUUCGACGACCUGAAAUUGUCACCAUGCAAAAAGCAGCAGCUGCUGCAAAAGCAGCUCGUGAAGCUGCCGAGGCAGCAGAGCUCGAAGAACUGGCCGCUCUUAAUACAUCCACUAAACCUUCUAUCAAAUCAGAAGCAUCAACUGUAGCUGCUUCAUCCACACCUCAGAAUGGACUGGCUGCUAAAGGAACUAAUCUCACAGCUGUUGGUACUGGAAAUAACGGUGCCACGAGCAGAAUAGCUAAUAACAGCGGCAGUGGCCAACCCAGUCUUCCUAGUCUGCCAACAAAAGCAUUUGCCAAACCAGAUGGAUCUGGUGUUGAUAGCUCUUCAACAGCAGUGUCCGGAAGUCUUGAUUUCAUGCCAGCAGGGUUUCUUGACUCGGACGAUAUGUUCGACGACCACGAGUUUGCCGAAAUCGACGGACUUCCAUACAUCGCACCUCGUGAAGAGCCAGUUCCCGCACCCGCUCGCGUGCCAUUAAACAUCAAAGCUGACACCUCAAUCGACACCACAGCCAAUAUCACAGCCAACACCACAGCUGAUUUAACUUCUAACACCACUGCCAAUACCACAGCAAACAUCACUAACGAGAGCGGGACGACGACAAACAAACCGAAUAAAGAGUCUGAGGAUCACACUGCAUCGCCGGUACAGUUUUUCUCGGCCCGAGCAGCGCUUGCUGUCCAAAAAGAUAUGAUCCCCGAGAACAGCCAGUUCGACCCGUCGUUCCAAUCACCCUCCCUCCGUCGAACCGUACCCAACAAGUCCGUUCCCAUUAAGAAAUCUUCGGUCAACCCACUCUCCCAAGACCCACAACCCCCUACACUCGCCUCAGACCGCACUCCCGAGCCCGAUUCUCGCAAACGCAUGCGUCUCGACUAG